AUGUCUCUGAGUGGAGGGGGAAGCAGAGGAUUUUACUUCAACACCGUCUUGUCUUUGGCACGGUCGUUGGCAGCUCACCGGCAGGCGCCGAUAGAAAAGGUCCAGAAGCUGCAAUGCAUGUGUCCCGUGGACUUCAGAGGAGUCUUCCAGCUGGACGAGAGGAGGAGAGACGCCGUCAUUGCACUCGGCAUCUUUCUGGUUGAGUCAAACCUGCAGCAUAGAGAUACUAUUGUCCCCUACCUGCUUGGGUUGCUUAAAGGGCUUCCUAAAGUUCAGUGGAUUGAAGAAAGCUCUGAACGCAAAGGAAGGGAGAUCCUUCCUGUCGCAGAGAACUUCACCUUUGGUCUUGUAACACUACUCUCAGACAUUGCCCAGCGUGAUGAGACCUUCAGAGGACAGAUCCUGGAGGCGGUCAUGGACAUCAUGCAGGUCCUGCAAGAUAUCUGCAAGGACCCAGAAGCUCAUGAUAAAGAAUACCUGUGCAGGUACACUGUGCCCACCCUGCUCGGUGUUGCCCGAGCUUUUGGCCGAUACAGCAACACCGACGAGCCGCUGCUGUCCAAGCUGUUCCCCCGACCGGUUACUCCCGUGCCGCCUACGGCCGAAGAUAGUGAUGCGACGCGCCGGCGGUCCUUCAACGACUUCCGCUCCAUCCUGCCGAGCUCUUUGCUCACGGUGUAUCAGGAAGACACUCUGAAACGUAAAGGCUGCAGUCAACAGGCCAGUCCAGAGAGAGAAUGUCUGACCCCCAUCUCACCAGCUGACGCCUCUGCACAGUACUUUGAAGGCUCAUACCUCCCUGAUGGCAGCGCAGUGGACCCCGAGUACUACUUCUCCACCAUCAGCUCCAGCUUCUCCGUCUCCCCUCUUUUCACCGGAAGCAGCUCUGGAGAGUUUCACAUCCCUCUGGAUAUGCUCCGACAGCUCCUUCAAAUGGUUGAACUAUUUGUCUCGGAGUCGUUUCUAAAAUCACUGGAUGACUCCUUGGCAGAACUUAUGGAGUUGACUCCUGGUCUUCGUCUCUACUACAAAACCUUCAGUGAUUCUCUGUAUGUGGCCAUAUUUAAAAUGCUAAGAGAUACGCUGUACAAUUUAAAAGACCUUCAGACAGACUUUGUGAAGGAGGUUCACGACUUUGUGCUGGAGCAGUUCAGCAGCAGCCAGUCGGAGCUGCAGAGGAUCCUGCAUGACGUGGAGUACCUCCACAGUGAGCUGAGCCCGCUCAAGCUGCGCUGUCAGGCCAACGCCGCCUGCGUGGACCUCAUGGUGUGGGCGGUUACUGAAGAGCAGGGAGCCGAGAACCUUUGCACCAAACUAUCAGAGAAGCUGCAGUCCAAGACGUCCAGUAAAGUCAUCAUCGCUCACAUGCCGCUCCUCAUUUGCUGCCUACAGGGCUUGGGUCGUCUGUGUGAGCGCUUCCCUGUGGUGGCCCACUCUGUCACCACGUCGCUGAGAGACUUCUUGGUGGUGCCCUCACCUGUUCUGGUGAAGCUGUUCAAAUACCACAGCCAGUACACUCCAGCUGCCGGUGAAAUAAAGAUCCACGUAACCAACGAACAUUCCCAGUCCACACUCAGUACCCAGAGCAAGAAGAGCCAGCCCUCCAUGUACGAACAGCUGCGGGACAUCUCCAUCGAUAACAUCUGCAGGUGCCUGAAAGCCGGACUGACUAUGGAUAAUGUCAUUGUAGAAGCUUUUCUCGCCAGUCUGUCUAACCGUCUCUACAUCUACCAGGAAAACGAUAAGGAUGCUCACUUGAUCCCAGACCACACCAUCAGGGCGUUGGGUCACAUCGCCGUGGCUUUACGGGACACCCCCAGAGUAAUGGAGCCCAUCCUCCAGAUCUUACAGCAGAAGUUCUGUCAGCCUCCCUCCCAGCUAGACGUCCUCAUCAUAGACCAGCUUGGCUGCAUGGUCAUCACAGGCAAUCAAUACAUCUACCAGGAAGUCUGGAAUUUGUUCCAGCAGAUCAGUGUCAAAGCCAGCUCCAUGGUCUACUCUACCAAAGACUACAAGGACCAUGGAUACAGACACUGUUCCUUGGCUGUGAUAAAUGCUCUGGGUAACAUAGCAGCGAACCUGCAGGCUGAGCAGAUGGUCGACGAGCUGCUGGUCAACCUGCUGGAGCUUUUUGUUCAGCUGGGCUUAGAGGGGAAGAGAGCCAGUGAGAGAGCCCCAGACAAAGGCCCGGCUCUGAAGGCAUCAAGCAGUGCUGGAAACCUUGGUGUCCUAAUUCCAGUUAUUGCAGUGCUGACUAAGAGGUUGCCACCAAUUAAGGAAGCAAAGCCGCGUCUGCAGAAGCUCUUCAGGGACUUUUGGCUCUACUCCGUUGUCAUGGGAUUUGCUGUUGAAGGCUCAGGACUGUGGCCAGAGGAAUGGUACGAGGGAGUUUGUGAGAUUGCGACCAAAUCGCCGCUGCUCACAUUUCCCAGUGGGGAACCUUUACGCUCGGAGCUGCAGUACAACUCUGCACUGAAGAACGACACUGUCACUGCGGGGGAGCUGAAUGAUCUGCGUAGCACCAUCAUCAACCUGCUAGAUCCUCCGCCGGAGGUGGCUGCGCUCAUCAACAAACUGGACUUUGCCAUGUCCACAUAUCUGCUGUCUGUUUACAGAUUGGAAUACAUGAGGAUGCUGCGCGCUCUGGACUCUGAGCGCUUUCAGGUCAUGUUCCGAUACUUUGAAGACAGAGCGAUACAGAAGGAUAAAUCUGGCAUGAUGCAGUGUGUGAUUGCCGUUAGCGACAAGGUUUUUGAGGUCUUCCUACACAUGAUGGCUGACAAACCAAAGACCAAAGCCCAUGAGGAGGAGCUGGAACGCCACGCUCAGUUCCUCUUGGUCAACUUCAACCACAUCCACAAGAGGAUCCGCAGAGUGGCUGACAAAUAUUUGUCUGGCCUGGCUGAAACUUUCCCCCACUUGUUAUGGAGCGGCCGUGUGUUGAGGACCAUGUUAGACAUCCUGCAGACGCUUUCCCUCUCACUCAGUGCAGACAUUCAUAAAGACCAGCCUUAUUACGACAUCCCCGACACGCCCUACAGAAUCACCGUCCCAGAUACAUAUGAAGCCAGAGAGAGCAUCGUGAAGGAUUUUGCUGCUCGUUGUGGGGAGAUCCUUAAAGAGGCUAUGAAGUGGGCGCCAUCUGUGACCAAAUCACACCUACAGGAGUAUCUGAACAAACAUCAGAACUGGGUGUCGGGUCUCUCCCAGCACACUGGCCUGGCCAUGGCCACAGAGAGCAUCCUGCACUUCGCUGGUUACAACAGACAGAGCACCACACUGGGGUCCACUCAGCUGUCUGAGAGGCCAACCUGUGUGAAGAAGGACUACUCCAACUUCAUGGCUUCCCUCAACCUCAGGAACCGAUUCGCUGGAGAGGUAUCGGGUAUGAUCCACUUCACCCAGGCAGUUCGAGGGCAGUGCGAUCUGAGCCGGAUGAUGGUCAAGGAGAUGGGGGAGGCUUUAGACUCCACGCAGCCGGAAGCUUUCACCGAGUCCAUGUUCAAACUGGCCGCGUUGCUCAUCAGCUCCAAAGACUGCGACCCUCAGCUCCUGCACCACCUCUGCUGGUCUCCUCUCAAGAUGUUUACAGCACACGGCAUGGAAACGGCUAUCGCUUGCUGGGAGUGGCUGCUGGCAGCUCGCGUUGGAGUGGAAGUACCGUUUAUGCGAGAGAUGGCGGGGGCGUGGCAGAUGACCGUGGAGCUUAAGAUGGGCUUGUUCUCAGACGCUCAGGUGGAGGCCGAUCCUCUGGCCGCAUCCGAGGAAAGUCAGCCUGUCCCCUGCCCUCCAGAUGUUAUCCCUCACCAAAUAUGGAUCGAGUUUCUAGUCCAGAGGUUUGAGAUAGCGAAGUAUUCCAGCGCAGAUCAAGUGGAGAUCUUCGGCAGUUUGCUUCAACGCUCGAUGUCUCUCAACGUCGGGGGGGCUAAGAGUAGCCUCAACCGACACGUCGCUGCCAUUGGACCUCGUUUCAGGCUGCUGACUCUGGGUCUGGCUCUGCUCCACUCUGACGUCCUCACAAAUUCAACUGUUAGAAAUGUGCUCAGAGAGAAAAUCUACUCUACAGCCUUUGAUUACUUCAGCAUCGCUCCAAAGUUCCCCACCCAAGGUGACAAGCAACUCCGCGAGGACAUCAGCAUCGUAAUCCGUUUCUACGCCAGCAUCCUGUCCGACAAGAAAUACUUGGCAGCGUGCCACUUGGUCCCACCUGAUAAUCAGGACCCGUCCCUGAACAGCCUGUCGGUGAUGAACGCCGCCGACCUCAGGAGCAACAUGGACUCCAGCGCUCGCUCCCAGCAGAGCAGCCAGGGGUGGAUCAACACCUACCCGCUGUCUAGUGGCAUGUCCACCACAUCCAAGAAAUCAGGAUUGUCCAAGAAGAGCAACAGAGGGACGCAGCUCCACAAAUACUACAUGAAACGCAGGACUCUGCUGCUGGCUUUACUGGCCAGCGAGAUCGAGCGCUUGACGACGUGGUACAACCCCCUCUCCACUCAGGAACUGGCCAUCGCCACGGAGCAGUCGGUGGAGACCAGCAUCGCCAACUGGAGGUCCAAAUACAUCAGUCUGACGGAGAAACAGUGGAAGGACAACGUCAACCUGGCCUGGGGUAUCGCACCCUACCUGGCUAUGCAGUUACCAACCAGAUUUAAGAAUGACGCCAUUGUUGCUGAAGUGACCAGGUUGGUGCGACUGGACCCCGGAGCUGUCAGCGAUGUUCCUGAGGCCGUCAAGUUCCUGGUGACGUGGCACACUAUUGACGCCGACUCUCCUGAGCUGAGCCACAUCCUGUGCUGGGCUCCAGCAGACCCGCCCACUGGUCUGUCCUACUUCAGCAGCAUGUACCCUCCUCAUCCUCUCACCGCUCAGUACGGGGUUAAAGUGCUGCGCUCCUUUCCUCCAGAUGCCAUCUUGUUCUACAUUCCUCAGAUUGUUCAGGCUCUCCGUUAUGACAAGAUGGGUUAUGUGAGAGAGUAUAUCCUGUGGGCGGCCCAGAAGUCUCAGCUUCUCGCCCACCAGUUCAUCUGGAACAUGAAGACCAACAUCUUCAUGGACGAGGAGGGACACCAGAAAGACCCCGACAUCGGGGAGCUGUUGGAGCAGAUGGUGGAGGAGAUCACCGGUUCUCUGUUGGGUCCGGCCAAAGACUUCUACCAGAGAGAGUUUGACUUCUUCAACAAGAUCACCAACGUCUCCGCCAUUCUUAAGCCGGUUCCAAAGGGAGGAAGAAAAAGAGCCUGUCUCAAAGCUCUGUCGGAUAUCAAAGUCCAGUCAGGCUGUUACCUACCAAGUAACCCUGAAGCCAUAGUGCUGGACAUCGACUACAAGUCUGGAACACCCAUGCAGAGUGCUGCGAAGGCGCCCUACCUGGCCAAGUUUAAGGUGAAGCGCUGCGGGGUGAGUGAGCUGGAGAGGGAGGGGCUCCGCUCCACCACGGACUGUCUGGAGGACGGAGAGGAGAACCCUGACGGAUCGCGCAGGAUUUGCUGGCAGGCUGCCAUCUUUAAAGUGGGAGACGACUGCAGACAGGACAUGCUCGCUCUGCAGAUCAUUGGACUCUUUAAGAACAUUUUCCAGCUGGUAGGCCUGGAUCUGUUUGUCUUCCCCUACAGAGUGGUGGCCACUGCACCGGGGUGUGGCGUGAUCGAGUGCAUCCCAGACUGCAAGUCCAGAGACCAACUCGGCAGACAGACGGACUUCGGGAUGUACGAUUACUUCCGCAACCAGUACGGCGACGAAUCCACCCUGGCCUUCCAGAAGGCUCGGUAUAACUUCAUCCGCAGCAUGGCCGCCUACAGCCUUUUGCUGUUCCUGCUGCAAAUCAAAGACAGACACAACGGCAACAUCAUGCUGGACAGCAAAGGACACCUUAUCCACAUAGACUUUGGCUUCAUGUUUGAGAGCUCUCCUGGAGGUAACCUGGGCUGGGAGCCGGACAUCAAGCUGACCGACGAGAUGGUGAUGAUCAUGGGGGGCAAGAUGGAGGCCACGCCCUUCAAAUGGUUCAUGGAGAUGUGUGUCAGAGGAUAUCUGGCUGUACGACCCUACAUGGAUGCAGUGGUUUCUCUAGUGACCCUCAUGCUAGACACUGGACUGCCGUGCUUCAGAGGACAGACCAUCAAACUCCUCAAAGGACGGUUUAAUCCUCAAAUGAGCGAGAAAGAAGCGGCAGCCUUCAUUAUCAAAGUCAUCCAAAGCUGUUUCCUCAGCAGCAGGAGCAAAACCUACGACAUGCUGCAGUAUUACCAGAACCAAAUCCCGUACUGAAAGUCUCUUUUGCCGGACCUCCGCUGUACUGUACGUCCACUACAAACGUCUCUACACAAGCAAUGCAAACCCUCUUUUUGGAUGAUUUUAAUAAGGCGCUGGAUGCACUUUACGUGUGUGUCCAGCCGAUUCUGCACUCCACUCUGAGACACAACAAUAUGGCACUUUGAUCCUAAUGCUCCACUUUUAAUCAGCAUACUGUAAGUUGUCGGAUUUUAUAAUGUACUUCUGAGUUUUAAAGAUGUUUAACUUGUGAAGAACAAUGUACGACCAAAAAAGGCAUUUGAAUCACCCUUUAA